AUGCCGCAUCUACCGAGCGACCCGAAUUUGAGUUUUUGUCCCAAUUAUGCGGACGACGCAUUCAUCAAUACGAGACUUCAAUUGACCAAUGAGAACAUCACCAAACCGCAGGCCAUUGUAAUACUCCGGAACAUAUGGCAAGCAGAGAACAAUGCUGCAAAGCUUCAAUGGCAAGCACAGGUGAACGAAGACAGAGACUGGCGAGAACAAUUAGAGAGACUCGACAACGAGGAGCGAGAAAGGCAGGAACAAGAGACCCAUGAUGAGGAAGAAGCAGCACGGAAGGAAGAUAGAAAAAAGAACAAGCAUAAGUACACUGCCAUUCUGGACCUGGAUGUACCUCUGAAGCCUAUAAUCCUUCCCUCUUCUUAUGCUCUACACAAACUCGACAAGGGCGAUUACGUCGAACUCUGGUACUUCACCAAUGAAGGUCUCGACGAUGCCAAACUUAAGAGCUCUGUCAAUGAAGACGCUAUGAUCAUGGCCACGUUAGCAGGAGGAGAUACUGCAUGGAUAUCAGCCGCGUCAACUUGGAAUGCAAGAGCAGUUGUUGACGACCAGAAUCUUAGGUUUGAAGAUUUCUGUCAAGCUUGUCCACGUAUUAUUGAGGCCAUG